AUGUCGGUUCGCAUCAUCUCUUUUGUGCUGAUCUUCGGCAUCUUCGUGGAACUGUCUGCAGUUGCUCGGAAACUUCAUCCUUUGAUAAAAGAUAGCUUACGAACUGCAUCCGACCCUCAUGACUGGAAGUAUCUCAUCUCCAGUCAGGUGCAGAACGGUACCAGUCAGGUUCGAUUCGAUAUAUCGACCUCCGAGGCAACUUUGAGCUCGGAAGCGUUGCUUAAACUUGACGGCCCACAAGUGAGUUCAAUCAAUGCCUCCGUAUUCGACUGGUGGUAUUUCGAUGCUGUCUCCGAGUCCGACCCUGGUGACUCGAUUGUAGUCACCUUUUUCACCUCCUCCGCUACUGCAUUCCCAUUCUUAGAUCCGAGCGGAUCGUCCGUCCUCAUCGCCUAUCUGUGGGCUUCCUUUGCCAAUGGAACUGUCUUUUCAGAGUACAUCCCAGCGACCGUUGCUACCGUUGCUGGUGGAGACUCUGCUAAGCCUCCAAGUAGCGGGAACUGGGGUUCCACAGGAUUUAGCUGGACGGCUCUGAACGAGGACCUGUCCGAGUACGAGGUCGUCAUUGCCUCGGAGGAGAUACAAGUGGAGGGGCCUGACACCGCAUCUGCCUGCGGAAUACAAGCUGGAACCACAAAGCUUGAGGUUGCGCCCCAUAUCGGAUGGGCGUGCUUGAUUCCGGACGCCGUUGGAACGAUAGACAUGAACAUCCAGGGGUCGAGACUGUCGUUUCGCGGGCCGGCAUACCAUGACAAGAAUUGGUCAGAUCGACCCUUUCUAGAGUCCGUCCAGAAUUGGUAUUGGGGACAUGGCCGUCUUGAGCCGUAUUCGAUUGUCUGGUUCAGCUAUUCUGCGCUCGAUGACCCAAGCAAUACAACCUACGUGAGCAGCUAUGUUGCCAAGGAUGGCGAUGUUCUCGUUUCAGCCUGCACCUCCUCAAUUCUCACUGUUCGGCCAUUUGGAAGUUUCAAUACUACUGGUGGCCGAUACCCUCCCUGGGCGGGUGACAUACCGGAUGGAUUUUUGUUGGAAUUCGAUUUAGGGAAUUCGAACAAUUGGCUGAAGGUCAAUGUUUCGAUUGACAGUCUUGUGGCUGGAGACGGCAAAUACUACAUGCGGUGGACGGGCAGCCUGUCGGGGGAGGUUGUCCAGGGGCAGAGUGAGGACCGUCAAGAUGUUUGUACUCCAGUGCAGUCCAGCGAGACUAGGCUUUCAGGUGUCGCAGUUUUUGAGCAGUUUGCUUUGCUUGAGUAA